ACCCUCCAAGUCUUUUGGCUCUCUCGCCACCUGUCUUCUAUUCUUGUGCCCAACCAUGUCAUGAUCAUCGCCCCUUUUCAAAAAUCCCAUCAUGGACCCGGAUUAUUCUCGUGACCUUGAGAAUCAAACACCAGGCGAGCCUGAGGACUCGGGGCUGGGAGCGACCCCUCUCCUAUCCUGGCCGUCACGUGGUCGAGACCCGAGGAGGAGACGGGAGAUAAUUCAGCUCGACGACAUCCCUCCGAUUAUCAAGUCUGCGAAUGGAAAUAUCUUCUGGGCAGACGAGCAAUGCACGCGGCGCGUAGGACUUACUUCGACGGAAGCACGACUCUUCUUGAAGCUGCUUCAAGUAGACGAGGAGGAGAACUACAAUUACGGGGAAUACAAAGAAAUGUUCGAUGACUUUGGCAGAGAGCAGGUACGAUUGCAGGAGCUGGUGAGAGACCUUCCGUGGUGGAGCUGGGAGACUUACCAGCAGAGAAAGAUAUGGAAAGCAAGGAUAGAAUGGUUGGAUAGGAUGAGAGAACCGAGGCUUUGGCUGCUCUAUCUGAUGGCACGACGGAGAAGGAUCCUCAAAAAGGCUACUGAAAGGGUUUUCCAAAGACUGAAAGAGAAGAGGGCGAUGCGGACUAUGAAAAACUCCCAGAGACAUCCAUCUGAACCUCGAUUCAUGACCUCGAAUGGAGAAGUACUAUCACCAGGUCCGGUCAUGACCAAUGAUGCCAGCCAGACCUCCGAGACGGAACUUGAUGCUCAGUCACAGAAAGAAGAAAGAUCGGUCGCAGUCCCGGAAAUGGUCAAUGAUGCUAGCCAGACCUCAGAAAUCCCGUUCAAUACUGCUUCAAAAGUAUUAUCAGCCGCAUCGCGAAUUCGGCAGAACUUCAGCACUGGGCAUCGGAAGAGCCAUUCCCAAGACAGGCAUUCUCUGCUUUCUUCUGGACAUUGCCCUGUCUUCGACAAACCUUGGGCAGCAACCCGCGAGGAUAUUAAACGCCAGGUCGAAAGGCUGAUGCCGGAGCCAACGCCGUAUAUUGUAAUUGGCUGGUUUCUCAGAUCCGCAAGCGAUCCAAAGGAGCGAAUCCUUCAAUUUGACGACAAGGAACAACUUUUCCACGUCCUGAGACACGGGGAGAGUGAUGUUAGAGGCUGGAGAAGAUUCCUGUCCUUGAAGAGUCUGCAAGGGUUUGGCUUAUACAAGUGUGAUAUUGCUCGAGGAGCCCACAUACCACUCCUCCUGACCACUUCCCAGAAGGCAAUCCUCUUUCAAUUCUUCCUUGCCUAUACAGCUUCGUACCGUCAUUCUGAUGACACUGUAGCUGUAGCCUGGCAAGGCUGGGUACACAAGAAUCUCAACGAUGGCAAAAAUAACCCAUUGGAAGGCAGAUAUUCCCUGCAGUUGAUCUAUCACUGGUCGAGCUACCGCCUUACCAUCAUUGUCGUUGUGCCCCUGCUGUUGUCGCUGAUAAUUGGCAUUUGGUACAUGAAUGGUCAGGGUGAUGUUGUCACUGCUUGGACGCUAAGUCUGUAUAUUGUCACUGCGGCAGCUGCUCUUGUUGCCCUCCUAGCAAUUAUUGGAGACCUGAAGGAUAUCUGAUAAUAGGAUGAAAUACCCCAGAAAUUAUGAGUUCACAUAUAUAGUAGUGCUUGAGCCGCAAAGGAACUCGUAUCUUAGCAAAUGGCUGUGCUGGAGGAUAUGAUUCGCAAUCAGAAAAGUAAUUCGUACACCAGUGUACUGCGACAACCAGGUUCACUUGUGCAAAG